CAGGUCGCUGAGAAGCUGCUUGGACUACUUCCUGGCGAAGUCUUGGCUGUGCACAUGACACGAUGGGGCCAGGUGGAGUGGGCGCUGGGGUCCUACUCGAUGAGCACGAAAGAUGCGGAGUGGGAUGAUGUGCGGUCAUUGGUUUCUGGCAUGGAAGGCAGAAGGAUUCGGCUUGCAGGCGAACAUACCCACGAAGAGCAUCAGGGAGGCUUUCAUGCCGCAUAUCUGUCUGGCAUACGUGCUGCAGAGGAGGCCUUGCAAGGCCUGUCUGGCGUUCCAAAACGGGAUGAACUCCAUCUGGGCAAGGACCCAUGA